CUGGGAACAAGAUGGCUGAUCUCAGCGAAGAAACUCUCUUCCCUUCGAGUAAAUGUUAACAACAUUAAUCAGCGUUUUCAAAAUUUCGGAAAAAAUAAAGCAAAAGGAAAACUAACGCAAACAAUAGUUUAAGUUACUUAGAUAGCUGCUGAGUGCUAGCUAAUAGAUAACUCAACUUGCUACGCGAAGACUCGAACUUUCUUUGUUUUUGUUCUUUCGUUGCUGUUGAAGGAAGAACAUUUAGUUUACAACUUUACAAGUGGUCUGCUUCAGUCAAAUUGAAACCGAAGAAUUGUGGUAGUUAUAACAUUUGAAAGCGAUUUGGAUACCUUGCCUUUGUAACAACUUGCAAAGAUAUUUUGAGGACGGAAAAGCAUUGCUUACAAAAUAACAAACCAUAACAAAACCAGGGUCCGGUGAAAUACUUUAAUGUAAGUUAGGUAACGUUGGCAAAUUAUUUGUCCAGUGGACUGAAAUAAACUAACAAUUAUGAGUCGAGUUAGGUCACCACAGCUAAACCAGACAGACAGGCUUCCCACAAGCGCUGCGGGGUCUUCUCUGGCCCAUAGGAUGGAUCCGAAUGAAGGGAUUGAGAUGGAGAGAAUCCAGCAUCAGGAUUUAGGUCUGGAGGCUUCGAUGAUUACACCCUCUCCGCCUUCAUCAAGUUCAAGGCAGGCAUGGAGCCGUGACAAUCCCGGAUUCGAGCACGAAGAGGAGAUGCUCGGGGCGGACUGGCCCCCGGCGAGUCCGGGAAGGCGGUCGGUGUCCAUGGCGUCGAGUAGCAGCGGUAGUAGCAGUAGCGGUCUGGGAAGCUACACCGGUGGUAGUGACAGGGCACGGAUGCACCGAGGACUCUAUCCAGACCCAACGGUGGAUGCGCUCCCACACCAGGACCGGAACGAUCAUCGUGGGUGCGGGAAAAGAAUACUCGAGAAAAUAAGAGUUCUUUGGGGGACCCGUUUGAUGGACGAAAGCCCGAGCAGCCGAGAGCGGUACCUGAAGGCCAUUCUUCGUGAGAUGAUCACCUAUGUCGUUUUCCUGAUCACAGUGUGCAUUUUGACUUAUGGAAUGGUGAGUUCCAACAUGUACUUCCACACCAAAGUGAUGUCUCAGCUCUUCCUGGACACCCCCCUGUCCAGUGGAGAUAAGACCACCUUCAAAAGCCUGAACACCAUGGACGAGUUCUGGAAGUUUACAGAGGAGCCACUUCUUGAUGGACUGUACUGGGAGGUUUGGUACAAUAACAGGACUUUAGUGGAGAACCAGAGCCUGGUUUACUAUGAGAACCUGCUCCUCGGAGUCCCGCGAAUCCGACAGGUGAAGGUGCGGAACCAGUCCUGCUCCGUCCACCAAGACCUGCAGGGGGAGGUGCAGGAAUGCUACGACGUAUUUUCCAGCGGCAACGAGGACAGCGCCCCCUUCGGCCUCAAGAACGGAACUGCGUGGACAUACACAGAGGAGGAGCAUCUGGGUGGCGGUGGCCACUGGGGUCUGAUCAGCAGGUACGGUGGAGGAGGGUAUUACUUGGACCUCUCACGCUCCAGAGACAAGACCGCAGCUCAGCUCAGCAUGCUGAAGGACCACCUGUGGCUGGACCGGGGCUCCCGGGCUGUGUUCAUCGACUUCUCCGUCUACAACGGCAAUGUCAAUCUCUUCUGCAUCGUCAGAUUGGUCGCUGAGUUUCCGGCCACAGGAGGCGCUGUGACCUCGUGGCAGUUCCAGACAGUGCGGCUGGUGCGCUACGUGAGCAGCUGGGACUACUUCAUCGCCACCUGUGAGGUCACCUUCUGCCUCUUCAUCCUCUACUACAUGGUGGAGGAGGUCCUGGAGAUCCGCAUUCACCGGAUGCACUACUUCAGAAACCCGUGGAACUGCCUGGAUGUCCUCAUCGUGAUGCUGAGCAGUGCUGCCAUCAUUAUGAACGUGUACAGAACCUGGUCCGUUGGUCAGAAGUUGCAGAAUCUGCUUCAGCAUUACAGCUCAUACCCAGACUUCCAACACCUGGCCUACCUGCAAGUCCAGUUCAACAACCUUGGUGCUGCUAUCGUCUUUUUCUCCUGGGUCAAGUUGUUUAAGUUCAUUAACUUCAACAAGACAAUGAGUCAGCUGUCCACCACGAUGUCUCGGUGUGCUAAGGACAUCGCCGGAUUCACCAUUAUGUUCUUUAUCAUAUUUCUGGCCUACGCCCAGUUGGCCUACCUGGUGUUCGGCACACAGAUCAAUGACUUCAGCACCUUCCAGGCCUGCAUCUUCACCCAGUUCCGCAUUAUCCUGGGUGAUUUUGAAUUCUCCGAAAUCGAAGAAGCGAACAGGAUCUUGGGACCGCUGUACUACACCACCUUUGUGUUUUUUGUGUUGUUCAUUUUGCUGAACAUGUUUUUGGCCAUAAUAAAUGACACCUACUCGGAGGUCAAAGGUGACAUGGCCCAGCAGAGGUGUGAAAUGCAGCUCACGGAUCUCAUAAAAAAGGGCUAUAACCAGGCUAUGGUGAAGUUGAGGCUGAAACGCACGACGGUGGAUGAUAUCUCUGAGAGCCUUCGCCAGGCGGGGGGGAAGCUCAACUUCGAGGAGCUGCGGCAGGAUCUGAAAGGAAAGGGGCACACUGAUGCUGAAAUUGAAGCCAUCUUCUCCAAAUAUGAUCAUGAUGGAGACCAGGAGCUGACCGAACACGAGAACCAACAGAUGAGAGACGACCUGGAGAAGGAGAGAGAGGAGCUGGAUCUGGAGCGCAGCUCAGUACCGCGUGUGGCCAGCAGCCGCAGUUUCCCGCGCAGUCAGGACGACUCUGAGGAAGAUGAUGAUGAAGACAGCGGACACAGCUCGCACCGGCGCGGGAGCAGCUCCGGCGGUGUGGCCUAUGAGGAGUUCCAAGUGCUGGUGCGGCGUGUGGACAGGAUGGAGCACUCCAUCGGCAGCAUCGUGUCUAAGAUGGACGCCGUGAUCGUGAAGCUGGAGGCCAUGGAGAGGGCCAAGCUGAAGAGGAGGGACGUGCUGGGGCGACUGCUGGACGGGGUGAUGGAGGACGAGCGGACGGGCCGGGACAGCAGUCUCCACAGGGAGCAGAUGGAGAGGCUGGUGAGGGAGGAGCUGGAGCGCUGGGAGUCUGACGACACCGUGUCACAGGUCAGCAACAAGCCCCGCCCCCGGCCCUCCUCCUCCCAGUCGGCCGAGGGCCUCGAAUCAGGGGGCAGCGGGGGCGGGCACACCUGAGGAUCAUAUCCUCCCCCCCCCCCCCCCUCCUCCGCACACCUGAGGAUCAUAUCCAACCCCCCCGCCCCCCCCCCGCACAUCUGAGGGUUUCAUCCCCCCCCACCCCUCUGCACACCUGAUCUCAUCCUACCACCCACUCCGCACACUGGACAUCUCUCUGAGCUGUGGUUCAUGAGGUGGGCAAUGAGGGCCAUAUCCGUUUCUGGUUUUCAUGUCAACUGCUGGCCUUAAUAAUAACAAUUAGCCCUAGCAUUUACAUCAUAGGACAUUUUAGCCAUUUCUUCAUAAGCGCAUGAAUGGCAGCCAGGUGUCAUGAAUGGCAACCCAAGUGUACACAAAAUAAUCUAUGCAGCUGCUACAGAAGAAGUGAAUAUUAUUAUAAGCAACAAGACAUUGUUGAACAUUAUUUUAUUUGAGUAUUAUGUAAUGAAAACAGUCAUUUGUAACCAUGUUUGGAUGUUCCAAAACAGGUGUUCUGUGAUGCCCCAUGUAUACUGGUUUUUGUUCCAGAAAUUCUCUUUUUUCAGUUUAUUGAAAAUGUGUUCUUAAGUCCCAUCGUUUUUAAGAGAUUUUUACAGUGCAGGUCUGGCUCAGUCACCAACAAGCCUACGUAGUGGCAAUCUAUGAAUUUUUCAUAUGAGCAAAUACCAUGUUUGAGACCUACUCCCAUCAGCAUUUCUCCAGCAAUGACCACUGAGACCAUUUGCGUUGUUUAAUUUAAUUUCUACAUAUUACAAUUUGAAGUUAGUAGAGGGCCCGCCAGUCCUGUCCAGUAUGGAAGUGUAUGCACAGAAACCUAUGGAAGAAACGUCUGUUGUGGGAGUGGAGGUGCGUAGGUUGCGUGACACAUACUUCCGGCAGUGACGCAGGAGAGUUUGAGCAGCAGAAACACAAGAGGAAGAGGAGUUUGAGCGCAGUUAGUCGUGGGGAGCUAUGAGGAUUGGAGUAGAAUAGACCUGUUGGGACUGCCAGUCACCAUGGGUGGCUGCUAAAUCCACCAAAACCCUCUCAGUCGUAGAUUGCCACUUUAAAGGAACGUUAAAGCAUUUAAAUAGAAUCAUGUUUCGCUAAACAUAUAAAAUGAAAGCACUGCUUGACUGAGAACUGAUCCCACCAGUUAAAAAUUCUGAAAUGAAGAUGAAAUAUCCAUUAUGUGUAACAUGAGUAUGUUUCUGACAUAUUCCGGUGUUACGUGGGUAGAUCAUCUCAUAAUCUAUUUAUCAGAAUAAUGUCUCAUUAGACCUUAACUGUCUUAAUUAAAAACAAACAAUGUCUACUUCAGCGAGUUCAAUUACCCUUGGGAACAAAAACCAGAAGACGCAGGAUUGGGGUUGGGAACCGCUGAUGUAAAUGUCUCAAUUUCGUGACAGAAAUGUUGGCAAUCUUGAUGUCGACAGUGAGGAGACCCAAGCUCAAUUUGUUAUUGUGGUUCUUGUUAAUAAAAUGAUGAUGGUGAUUUUUCCUACAUCUAGUGUAAGUACAUUAUACAUUGUACAUUAUUGUAUAUUACUCUUUUUUGCCAAACAUUAUUCUUUGUGUUGCUUAUUUGCAGUUAUUUCCUCUAUUUAAUAUAGGUAUAGUGUGGCACAUUCUGUCAUAUUUAAAAUGUCAUAUCAUUCUGUUAUAAUUCACAAAUAAGUUCUUAUAAACCUUAUGGUACAUAUUGUAACGUAUAACAAACUUCGAUUUGGAGUGCAUCUAGUUUCAUGGGAAACCCAUGUGCGUUUGACUAUGUACUGUACCACAGUAUAAAGUAGUCAUGUAUUUUUUUGUUUACAUUUGUAAUAAAAAAGUGUUGAAAAUAA